AUGGGCGCAGCUAUGCUCGCGCACCUUUCAAAGCUAGUGGUGCUCUCCUAUGUUCUUGAUUGGGUAUUCAUUAUCAUUUCAUAUCCAUACACGGAGCGCGAGACCGUCACAGACGAAACUCUCAUCCUGGUCUCUGUUCUGGCUCCCGCUGCCAUCAUCCUAAUUGGUGCCAUGGCAAUUGUUCCUGGCACCACUGCUCCAACCGGAACUAAACCCUCCAAGUCUCAGAUCCUGCGUCGCAAAUUCUGGGAGUGGAAUGCCGGAUGGAUGGGACUGGGGGUCGCGUUGGCUGGUGUAUGGAUGUCCACCCAAGGACUCAAAGUCUUGAUCGGAAAACCGCGCCCCGAUUUACUAGCGCGUUGCAACCCAAAUCUUGACGAUAUCACGACCUACAUUGUCGGUGGGCUGGGUCAGAAAUUAGAGGGUGCCGCUAGCCUCGUGUCAUAUAAAAUCUGUCAAGACCAGUCUUCGUUGGUGACAGUGGACGGAUUUUCGAGCUUUCCAAGUGGCCAUUCAUCAUUUUCAUUCGCUGGGCUGGGCUAUCUGACAUUGUGGUUGUGCGCGAAAUUCUCAGUUGGAUUCCCCUAUCUUCCAUCUUAUCCCGUUGAAGGAGAAACCCACAGCGAUGAAAGUUCCUCAGUUCGGACACGUGGUGCAGCGCCUCCUGUUCCGCUUAUGGUCAUCGCCUUCGUUCCCACUGCCACGGCGUUUUUCAUUGCCUCAUCUCGAUGGUUCAAUUAUCGGCAUCAUGGAUUUGAUAUCAUAUUUGGAUCUCUUAUGGGGAUGGUCUUUGCCUGGAUCGGGUUCAACAUGUAUCAUCUCCCUAUUCGACGAGGAGCAGGUUGGGCCUGGGGACCACGAAGUCGUCGGAGAGCCUUCAUCCGCGGCAUUGGCUUUCCAAGCUCCCUUGGCAUCGAUAGCUGGGCAUCUAUACGCAGCGACCAGAAGAUUGGACAGGAAAAUGGCAAUGGCAACAGUGAUGGACAUGAUCACGUCAACGGCUACUCUAACGAUAAUGAAACAUUGCCCACGCAGGAGUGGCCAAUGCGAUCACCCGUGUCACCAAUGUCCGAAAGACCUCAAAUGGUAUGA